AUGCUUUUUCCUUUCUUCACAGUAGUUCGGAUUUCCAAUAAUCCAUGUGUAGGGGAAAAUAAUUUGAAUGGAACAUGUUACUCACGACGGGUUUGUGCAAGUUAUGAUGGAAUUGCUUCAGGAUCUUGUGGUGGAGGUCUUGGUGUCUGUUGCAUAAUACAGAGAACAUGCGGAGGCACUUCAAAUCUCAAUUGCACGUAUUUCAUUAACCCUAACUAUCCAAGCUCUUACGCAGGAGGAACUCGCUGUAGUCUGACCAUAAACAAGUGCAAUACCAACAUUUGUCAGGUACGCCUGGACUUUUUAGAGUUUUCCCUCGCUUCACCUGACUUCAAUGGAGUUUGCGCCACUGACUUUUUUACGGUGACAGGGGGUUCUUCUAUUGUUCCUCGAAUCUGUGGAGAAAAUACUGGACAACACAUAUAUGUUGAUUUUGAUGAAGGAGCCGUUCCCAUCCAAUUAUCAGUUGAUACAACUGCCUCUGUUGCCUUUGGACGUCGAUGGAAUAUAAAAGUCAUGCAAAUACCAUGCGACAGUCCUUCACGAGUUGUUGGUGUGGCUGGAACCAGAGAAUUGGCCAACUUGAAUUAUGGAGUGUGUGUUCGCAUGAAUCCUGCGUUUUCAAAACCCUUUGUGCUGACUGUAGUAACAGAUGGAGGAGAACUAGGCAAUGGAACAUCACCUGAUCUUGGAAAUAGA